AUGAAAUUGUCUUCUGCUUCUACAAAUCCUACUGAAGAUCCAAACGCUCGAACAAUGCAAGAUGAUAAAGGACAAUCAUAUAAGACAGCUUCAUGGGCUAGAGUUACACCAUUAAAGGCACAGAACCAAGAUACUGUUAGGGCGCUGUCAUUUACGUAUUUGGGAGGGGUAUCAAAAAUUUUACCUCCUAUUAGUAAUAAAUGUCAGAGCCCUCAUUCAGCAACGCUUUUACCGAAUGGUCGGCUUAUUUUUAUUGGUGGUAAUGCUGUCGAAGUUGUAAGCUCGUCGAAUGGCUCAACUACCUCAGUUUCAGCAGCAGACAUAAAUCAAUUUCGCCGUGGAAAAUUAGUGUAG